AUGGCGACGUCACUGAACCUUUUGAGAAAAUCGAAUGGCUCCAUUCCUGCCGUUUUUAAUCACAAGGUGCUCGGAAACAUACUAAAGUUUAACACGAACAAGCAGAAGAAUUUGGCCUGUAACCAUGUGAGUGACCAGCUGGAAGGGCACACCGUGGGGGAACAUCUGGACAAAGGCAACAUCCACUUUAAGUACUGCCCUUACCUGAAGCCAUUAGACAUAAAAGGAAUCAAGAGGGCCGACCGGAAGUUCGACUACAACAGCAGCUACUCAUUUAUGCUGGCGCAGAAAGAUUUUUCAGAAAAUCCGCAAAACAGGAACUUCCUCACGCACUACUUGUACAACGGGAUGAAGGUCCCCCUGCCCCCCAGGAGAUACAAAUUGGCCCAAUAUGUAAGGCGUGGGAGCGGUGUGGGAAUGGUGUGGAAGCGUUGUAAAGAGUUCUGA